AUGAUUUCAAUACCGCAUCCCAAGGUUCUGGGCAUGAAAGAUGACGAAUCGGAUCCCUCGGGGAAAUCAAGUGGAGUCAGAGAUGUUGUGAUGAACACCGUAUACAGCGAAGAACGAGAAAAGGUCUUGCGGAUGUACGUUGCUCCACAAAUCCUCAAACAGAUUGACACGGGAUUGUCAGCGUCGAUGAUGUCGGAAAUCCGUCAGGUCCAGACGGUUUUCAUCAGUAUCAAGCUGGAAGAAUUAUCGGAAGACAAUUACGAUCAUCUGCUGGGACACGCAUAUGAAGUCAUUGUUGAGCAAAUGGACGCGUUUGAUGGCCUUCUGAACAAGUUCAGCACCUUCGACAAGGGCUUCUCAUUUCUCUGCAUGUUCGGCGUUUGGGGCUACAGUAGGUCACAAAUUGCGCUGAGGUCAUUGAGAGCAGCCCGGAAAGUUCACACGCUGCUCAACCACGUUUAUCGGGUCGACGCUGUUUCCCUGGGUGUCACUUCCGGUUUGGUUUACUGCGGGAUAGUCGGUCACAGGUACCGACAAGAGUACACAGUGAUAGGCCACAAGGUGAACCUUGCUGCGAGAAUAAUGAGUUCCUACCCCGGGAUCAUAUCUUGCGACGAGGAAACUUUGAAUGAAUCCGGCUUGUCAAUCAACGCAUUCCGACCAUUGCCACCGAAGGAAAUGAAGGGGAUUAAAACCGGAAGCAUCAAGGUGUACCAAUUCGUGCUCAACGAGGAUACAGGUCCUCUCAAAAGCAGGAUACAAGCAACGAGGGACGAAGUGCAGCCCAUCCAGUCGUUUUUGUACCCACCAUUGAACCAGAACGCCAUUUUUAUUUCCGUCGAACAAGCCAUACACGAGUGUUCGCGAAUUGCCGGAGAAGUUUCCCACAUUCAGGGACACCUCAAAGUUUCCCGGCCCAGAGUUCACAUCUUCGAAGGACCGAGUGGAUCAGGAAGAACAAGGCUCGUGGACGCAGUUCUAAGAGAUGCUAGGAGGAUCGGGUGUCGAGCCGUCGGGGUUUCAUCGCAUCACGGCCAGAAACGAGCCCCAACUUACAAAGUUCUAGUUGCACUUUUCAUCGAGCUCAUGGGACUGACAGACGAAAUGCCACUUGAGAAAAAGCACAAGAAGAUACUGCAAAUGUACAUGAGUGGGAGGGAAGCGACUGCCAUGCGAGCACAGGCGAUUGAAGGCGAGCAUAAUCCCUACGGCGAAAAAGGCGUGACCGACGAACUUUGGCUCCUCAAUGACCUUUUCAAGGUCAAAUUCCCGACCCAUAUGGCCCCGUGGGCCAAUGAUGAGCAAAAGCAUCGCAAUGUCAUGAUCAAAAUUUUCAUCAAGUUGCUGGUUGGGAGAUUGCUGGCGCCACUGCUGUUGCUGCUCACAAUGCCACCUAGCGGGGAAUUGUGUGCAGCAGGUAUGGAUGUGGUUGUAAGUUUCCCGGCCCAGAGUUCACAUCUUCGAAGGUUUGUCGCAAGACCGAGUGGAUCAGGAAGAACAAGGCUCGUGGACGCAGUUCUAAGAGAUGCUAGGAGGAUCGGGUGUCGAGCCGUCGGGGUUUCAUCGCAUCAUGGCCAGAAACGAGCUCCAACUUACAAAGUUCUAGUUGCACUUUUCAUUGAGCUCAUGGGACUGACUGACGAAAUGCCACUGGAGUCGUUCUACGAGAAGAUGGCAGAGACGCAAGUUUCUCGUCAAAAUAUGUUCCUUUACACGAAAACAAGCGUGGAUCCGCAUAACCUGGACACGAAAAUCCUGAAGUGGGCCAUUCUUAAGCAAGAUGUUCAUCUCGAGCAGUUCAAGGAACUCGGGACCAUGAGAGAGGUGAUGUUGACCGGAUUCGACCACUUGAGUGCGACGGAACAGAAUUACCUCAAGUUCGCAGCGAUCUUGGGACACGUCUUUUCCUUGGAACUUCUUUCCUUGAUUCUCAAGAUCGAUCCGAAUACUUUCCGGAAAAUUGAAAUUAUGUGUGUGUCCGUCUCUAACGACCGCGGUGACGACAACGACGAGUGUUACGGUGGAUCGCCCCUUAACACACGUCGUCCAUACCUACACCAACCGUCAUCAACAACAGUGAGACACUUGAUUGGAGGUCUUCCGCCUGAACUUUUGGCAACCCUGGCUUGUCAAUUCCUGGAAGUUCGAGCUGUGUCUGAAGACUUGGAGGAGUUACUAAUCAACAUUUCUGGAGGAAAUUGCAAAGUCUGCAAGAAGAUCAUCGUACAACUCGCUCGCAGCAACAAAAUCUACUUGAUUCCUCAUUCCGAGAACACGAAAGAAAUCGAAGCCUACCGACCACGAUUCGGGACGACUCAAUACUUGGUUCCUUACUCGUUCUACGAGAAGAUGGCAGAGACGCAAGUUUCUCGUCAAAAUAUGUUCCUUUACACGAAAACAAGCGUGGAUCCGCAUAACCUGGACACGAAAAUCCUGAAGUGGGCCAUUCUUAAGCAAGAUGUUCAUCUCGAGCAGUUCAAGGAACUCGGGACCAUGAGAGAGGUGAUGUUGACCGGAUUCGACCACUUGAGUGCGACGGAACAGAAUUACCUCAAGUUCGCAGCGAUCUUGGGACACGUCUUUUCCUUGGAACUUCUUUCCUUGAUUCUCAAGAUCGAUCCGAAUACUUUCCGGAAAAUUUCAAAAGCAUUGAUCGCGUUCGGAUACCUCGAGUGCCCGCGAAUGGUGUCCUUGGACGAUCAGGCUUCCAUGGCGAAAAUUGCCACCAUGGUCUCAACUGCCCCGGCUUCUCUCGGCGAAAGACCAGAUCGCAGAAUGCGGAAUUCAGCUCUAACCGGAGCUCGUUUACUCUGCAAAUGUUUCCUCGAAGCGGACGGUGAUGUGCAGCUGAUCUAUUGUCAAUCACUCAAAUUCAGCAGUCCGUUGCAGCGAAAAACGAUUUACAAUUUGCUCACUGAACAGCAGAAAAAGAGGAUGCACAGGAAGGUAACGAAGUUGUUGUUGGAAUUCCCUCGACGCUGUCGACACUGCACUGGAGGCACGUACGUCACGGUUCAAUACGAAGAAAAGUUGAAUUAUUUUCAAUUGUCGGGAACAUCGACUUCGUUUCGGGAUUUGUAUUUCCCGUUUUUGAAUCGAGACGUUCAAGCGCCGUUACGAGAUUGGAGAAGUGAAAUCGCGCUGAGAGAAGAAGCUGCUCAGGAGCGCUUGAGGGAUGGCCGUUGGAUUCCGCCAGAUCCAAAGGUGGUGCACUCCGUGAAAUCAAAGCUGAUCUCCGAGGACCCGAACAGUAAUGAAACGCCGAAGAAAUCUAAGGAAAACCUUGCAGAAAAUUUGGUAAAGUCCGUUUGGCACAUGCCGAAAAACCACCUCAAACAAUAUUUCGACCCCAAAACAACGCGGGAUAGCGGGUCUGACAUUGACACAGAACGCACGCGAGAAUUGAAGGCCAUGUUGCCACUUGCGAAAAUGCUGGAGAACUGGGGAACCAAAUACGCCGAAUACGUAGAAAGCAGAAAUCUGGAACCAGCAGGAAACUACCUGAAGCGAUUCUUGAAUUUGAAAGCCGUCAAUGCCUCCUUGAAGAAAAGAUUACACACAAAUGGGAUGGUUUGCGAAUGUCCUUUGGUUGUCAUGAGCAUCAUGACUGACUUGUACCGUCAUCUAAAAAUCACAGGCAAGUUGAUCAUGGCUCUCAUGGCAUUGGUGAACGUGGGAUUGGCAGCAACUGUAACCGGGGCUUAUGACGAAGCAGAGGAAAUUGCAGAAAAGGUCCGAGCUAUAGUGGGCAAGACGAUGUCGAAUGCCCUGAAAUUAGCGAAAUCAUCUACUGCUUUCCAAGUUUUGCGAGCCCGGUCCCUGAGACUCGACGCCACUUUGUACAGACUUUCGGGUGCGAAAACGAAAGCAAGAUUCUUACUUAAAUUGGCGUUGGAGAUUCUGGACCAUCCAAUGCCAACGUCGUUUUCUGAAGAAAGCUUUCAAGAAUUGCUGGAGACUCAAGUGAUUCAGAAACCACCAACUUCCGGGAAGCCAAAUGCAUCAGAGGCCGAAAGAAACAAGUGGUGGCUGCUGGACGAGGCUUGUAGCGCACUCAGGGAAUUGCUGGCGACACGGGCAUUGACUAUCGACACCGGUGACACGACCAUGGGCGACAUCAGUGAGCAGCAUAAGCAAGAAAUGAAGGCCCGGUUCAUUUGCGCGCUGCUUUUGGCACAGGCAGCCGAGACCUCGUCCACGACACUCGACCACGUUUUGUUCUCCAACUCUGCGCUGCUGGACUUCGUCGAGCCAUCCAGAGAUUCAAGCAUAUUGACAGUCAUCGAGAAAACGGAAAGCAAAUGCCUGGCCUUUCCGCACGUUCACUUCUUUUGCGCAGAGGAAAUCCUACUGGUGAACAAGAUUUUGUUCUCACUGCUGAGAAAUUUGCAGGAAGGCGGGGAUUGUCUGCUGGCAAACACGACCUCUUACUACGUGUUCAAAAUCAUGCCGCCCAUUUAUUUCCCGGACCAGGCCGCACUGCUGCGGUCUUCCAUCAGAUGCCUCACAUCCUCCUACGAACUCAAGAGGAUGUUCGACGAAGUUUUUCAAUACAAAUCCCUCACUGCCGGAUUGCCGCUCAUCUCGCCCAACCGGAUCACCUACUAUUUGUUCUGCCUCAGCGCUCUGUUGGAAAUGGCGCUCUGUUGGAAAUGGCUGCUGCGGUCUUCCAUCAGAUGCCUCACAUCCUCCUACGAACUCAAGAGGAUGUUCGACGAAGUUUUUCAAUACAAAUCCCUCACUGCCGGAUUGCCGCUCAUCUCGCCCAACCGGAUCACCUACUAUUUGUUCUGCCUCAGCGCUCUGUUGGAAAUGGGACUUUGCUGGGAACCAAUCCCGUACUUCCUUAGCAAAGUUCAAGAUUACCUCAAGGACCCCGGGACUUUCGGCAAUUCAUUUUUGCAUUACUUGUGUCUCAGUGCAAUUUGCUUGUGGCACAAGCGAAACAAGAAACAUCGACUUGCCAGCUUGUAUUAUAAAGCUGCGAAGCGUCGUUUGAGACUGGCAAGACUCAUCUUCACUCACACAAUCUCCGACUAUUACACCUUCCUCAUAGAGGUGGAUCUCAUAACGUUGAGUGAACAUUUGGAAAAUCGCGACUGGCAUAACUACGAAAUUUGCCGAGGACGGGUUGAAGAUGGUAUGCAAAAACUGGGCUUAUUUUGGAGUACAAUGCCGACAACAAAUUGCAAACUGCUUUUGCUGAAAGCUUAUUUGUCCCAGAUCACAGACAACAAGAGUGAGUCGGCCACAUUUUUGAAAGAGGCCAAAGAAGUUGCGUUGAAGCUCGGUCAACGACUU